UGAUAUUUUGCUACAUAACUAUGGGAAAUUGACCAUGGAGAAGCUGCAGUCAUAUACAUGUGUAUUAUGAAUUUUUUAGCUGUACUUCAAGAUGAAGAACAUUCAUAUAUCAUGUUAAUUAUUAAGUUCAAAUAAACAUUGAAGGACCUAUACGACUUGUUGCAAAAUCUCAGGAUUAAACAUGUGUAAUGCCAUUUUAAUUUUUAUGAUUAUCAAUAUAGAUGAAAGGAAGGAGACUGCAACUAAUGUUGUCUCUUUGAAUCUAAAGCGAGAGUAGACCAGUCAAGCAAAUGAAAAUUGAUGAUAUUCAGAUUUUAGAAUUACGUCAAAAACUGCUAAUCAGAAAAUAAUGAAUUAUGUAUUUAUUUUAGACAGAGAGUGAUGAAUGCGACUACCCAGUGAUAUUAUUGUAAAUAAUAUGUUUUAUGCAUUUAUAUGUAACAAUACACCGGUGCAUUAUUUUGCCGGCUUGUGACGUAACAAUGCACUAGUACAUAUGUGACGUUAGAUUAUCUCUUGACGUCAUAAAUUACUGGGUGACGUUAUCAGUAUAUUGUUAUUGUCGUUAGACGUCCGACUUGUUUUAAGCGAAUCAUAAGAAAAGAUAAGAAAAGUAGCGGAUUCAGAUAAUACUUCAAAUGUAAGUGCUGAUAUCUUUCUGUUUUGAUUCGUUUUUUCUUCAUCGGAACCUGGGUACUGUGAAGGGUGAAAUCCGGCGUUUUUACAUUAAUUAUGGCAGAUCUAACUGUGGUAGCGGUGAUUGGACAUUCAUACAUCAGAAGACUUGACACGUUUGUAAAAGUUAAUUCGGGUUAUGUAAAUCUUUGUUUAGACCAAAGUCGAUUCUCCGUAACGAUUCGUGGUCAAGGAGGAUUAACAGUGAGAGGCUUAGCGACAUCUAAAUCGCUGUGCAAAUUUUCCCGAGCCCCAGACAUUUGUUUUUUGCAAAUCGGGGGCAACGAUGUGUUACUAAAUUCACCUGCAAGGAUUGUAAGAGACCUCAUUUCUCUUACGGACUUUCUGAUUCAUGGUACGGGAGUCAAACACAUGAUUGUAGGUCAACUUAUUCGUCGUGACCCCAAGAAAUCACCGCCUGGAUAUAACGACGCGGUCGUUGAAAUAAACCAGAUCCUGAACUCUGCGUGUGCAUCCUUACCAAAUGUGACAUUUUGGAAACACAGGGGGUUUUGGGAUAACCUCCAGUACCUUGGGCCCGAUGGAGUACAUCUGUCUACAAAAUCUCUUAACAAUGAGCCAGUACCUAUGGUCAAAUACCUGAACAGCAUUAAAUAUGCGGUGAUCAACACUUGCAGGCGACUGAGGCCAGUAUAUAAAUGAAUUAAUUAGAUUAUGUUGAAGUAUGACAUCGUCUUGCAUCGCAUCUAGCUCUUAAGUUUACAAAUUGCAAGACAAGUUUAUAGUUUUUAAGAACAUUUAGGUUGUGAUAUAAAUAAUGUUAACGUCAUGGGUCAAUGACAAUACAAACAAUUAUAAUAUUAUAUAUGAAGUUGGCUCUCGAAAUACAUUGAUCACUGUUCGUUAUCUUCACCUUGCAUUUAGAAUAAGGAUUUCUAAGUAUCGAUAUUAUUUGUCCAAGACGUUAGUUCUAGCUUUUUUAAAGAAAUUGGUUUGCUAUGUGAACUGCCAGUACAUGAUCUCUAAGUAAUUCAUGUUACUGUUUCUACGAUGUUGGUUCACUAUAUCUCAGUACAUGAUCUCUAAGUAAUUCAUGCUACUGUUUCUAAGAAAUUGGUUUGCUAUGUGAACUGCCAGUACAUGAUCUCUAAGUAAUUCAUGUUACUGUUUCUAAGUUGUGAGUUCACGAUGCCUCAGUACUUGAUCUCUAAGUAAUUCAUGUUACUGUUUCUAAGUUGUGAGUUCACGAUGCCUCAGUACUUGAUCUCUAAGUAAUUCAUGUUACUGUUUUUAAGAAAUUGGUUUGCUAUGUGGACUGCCAGUACAUGAUCUCUAAGUAAUUUGUAUUACUGUUUCUAAGAUGCUAGUCCACUAGUUGCCAGUACAUGAUCUCUAAGUAUUUUAGGUAACUGUUUCUAAGAAAGUGGUUUGCUAUGUGGUCUGACAAUACAUGAUAUAAGUAAGUACUGUUUCCAAUAUGUUAGUUCACUAUGUCUCGGUACAUGAUCUAUAAGUAAUUCAUACUACUGUUUCUAAGAUUAGUUCACUAUGUCUCAGUACUAUAUCUCAAGUUAUUCCUGUUACUGUUUAAAUAAAAAAUGGUUUACUAUGUGAUCUGACAGUAUAUAAUCUCUACAUUCUACAUUGAUGUUACUGUUUCUAAGACGCGAGUUCACUAGAUACCAGCAUAUAUUCUUUUAGUAAUCGGGGUUACUGUUUCUAAGUAAUUGGUUACUUUGUGGACUGUCAAUACGAGCUGUUUAAGUAAUUACAGGCAUCGGAUCUAAAAUGUUAGUUCAGUCUGUACCAGUACAUGAUCUAUAAGUAAUUCAUGUUACUGUUACAGAUAUAGUUUACGCUAUUAAUUCUAAGAGCAACUAAAUUUGGCAAAAGCUUUAAGUGGGAAAUAUCAUGUAAUUGUAGCAGGGGUUAUUCUCCUCAUACAUGUAUUGUAACUAUAAUAAUAAUUGCAUUUUCCUCAGUUGUAACCAUGCCGAAGAAGCGGCCAGCCGCAAACGAGUCUGUAAAAAUAUCAAAAAGAACUAAAAUUGAUAACCAGUCGGCGAAAGCAGUCAAUCAGCCACUAAGCAUCGAUUACGAGAAAUUAGCUGCAGAGAUUUUGAAACAGCAAAAUGACAGCAAGAAUCAAAACCAUGUAGAAACGGAGGAAUCAGCAGAGUCAACUAUAGCUCAGUCCUCUGGCACUGUGGAUCAACCGAAUAUACCUGACACUAACAAUAACAUCUCUACUUUAAUUAACCAAAUAUUUAAUACAGGUGAGCCAGCAAAACCCAUGGUUUCGCAUCCUAUCUCUCUUUCUGAUGGGAUCCCUCUUGCUGCAGUGGUAGCACAACGCACAAAACAGAAAAUCUGGGAAAACCAGUACAUAGAUUUGCGUGUGUUGCUGCAGCAGCGUGAGGAUCCUGUCUCGUUGAAUAUUGCUGCUGGGUCUGUGACAAUUCAGCAGCAGGGGUCAACAAAACCCAAAACAUCACUGACUAUUAAUCAGUGGACAGACGCUUUCUUGAUUUUCAUAGCAAUAUAUCUUGAAAAAGCUCCGAACCAAGCACUGCAUUUGUUAAAGUAUUGUUUCUUUAUCAGGGAAAUGCACAAAAUGUUAGGGGAGGGGGCUUGGAGAAUUUACGAUGAAAAUUUUCGACAAUUGAAAGAAACAGUAGAUGUGCCAUGGCAAAAGCCGAUCGAGGAACUCAGAGUAAAAGCUGUCACUGGUGCAUAUGUAUACCAUGCAGCCCAACAGCCCUUUCGGAAAGGGUCAAGCAGAGCGCAAAUGCGUUUCUGCUAUGCCUUUAAUAAUGGAGAACAGUGUCAAAAUGACCCAUGCCCUUACUCACACACAUGUCAAACAUGUCAUGGAAACCAUUCAAGAACCAAUUGUAGAGGGAAUAAGAAAAAGCAAUCCUCAAAUAUCAAAUCAAGAGCAUCAACAGCCUCAGGGGGGAUUUCUGCUCCCAACACCAGUUAUCCCAGACAAGCUAAAUGACUUUCUGGUCCAAUACGAUAGAUCUCUUUCAG